AAGAGAGAAUUCAUUACUCGAGGAACUCCUAAAAUUAAAGAAACAGAUGUUAGUGCUUAUUCUAUUUUUUUUUUAAAGUUUCAGAACUCGCAGUUCAAGCUCUGUAUGAUGUCCCUGGCACUUUUCACAAUUUGUCUUAUAUCCCAGAUGCAUGGAAGUGAGGCUGUUGGUGGGCAAUGCAAAACUUCAGAGAGAUCAGUACCUGGUAAAGCUCUCAAGGGUCACACCUUCAGAGAGUUUGCAGCGAGGGCCAUUGUUGAGUGCCAGAACACUUGCGAAAGAGACCCCAGGUGUGCGAGUUACAAUUUUUAUAUUCCGGGCAAAGUGUGUGAGCUUAACAGCCAUACCAAGGAGGAGAGGCCUGAUCAUUUUGUGACGGAUGAACUGAGAUUCUACAUGAAACGUGAAGGUAUGAACUACGUAAAACUUUCUACACCAAACACACUCUCAAUUGGAUCCCUCGAUUCUCCUUAUGAGUUUGUCCAGCUGGCGGGGCUAAUCUUGAGUGCAAUUUUACCGGACUGAGUUUUCACGAGGUUUUGCGAGAUACGCAAUUCCAAACGAAACCAAUUGGAUUACUCAUGAGCCGAUAUAUAUGUUGUCAGUAGUAUAUCAAAAGAUAGUCGUCCUUGUAUUCUGCGGAUCGAUGGCGUACUUGAUUAAGAAAUAACUCACAUUUUCCUUAUGCUGUCUGAUUUAUAUCAUUAGAUGAAGAUGAGUGCUUGAAGACGCCACCAGUUUGUGACGUCAACGCAAACUGCAAGAACACGCUUGGCUCCUACCUUUGUUCUUGUAAAGAGGGUUUUACGGGUGACGGUAAUACCUGUCAAGGUAAAUGAUAAUAAAAACAUUGAUUGCACGAAAACGUUAGUGACAAGUAUGACCUUUUUAUUGCCAUUAUUUGAAAUGGUUUGCUGAGUUCGCAGGAACGCAGUGGUAUCACCUUUUUGUUCUCCGUUGCUUUAUCUUCAACAAUUUGACCACAAUUGAGGCUAGUGGGACUACGUUUGUCACGGGCUGCCCACUUUAUAAAACAGGCGGACAUUUUGUAGUGUCAAAAGAAAUAACCAUUAACGAUUGCGCUUUUCUCUGUCGCUGUCGCAGUUUCGUCGUUUGUCGCUAUUUUGCUGUCCUCUGUCGCUUUUUCAAGGCCAUCUCGCUUCAGUGUCGAAAUCUUGCCUAACAGGGCCUCAAUAUAGUAGCCAAAACAAGUGUAAUCAACGGAGACGCACCUAAGGGUGGGGCUGCACAAAACACUACUGUUGUAUGGGCCUGAGUACCCUGCGAGCAGAGGCCCUUCGAUCUUCCUAGUUUUUGUAUGCGCCUAAUAACACUGCAUUGCCAGAAAAACUGCGCACGGACAAGUGGUUAAAGCCUAUUUCUUGCCACUUUCAUUUAGUCCCUAGCUAGCCUAAAUUAUAUGUGUUUUCUUGGCCUAAGUAAGGGUAAGUUAGCGAUACAAGUACAAAUCUACCGCAAACCAUGCUAAGCACUCAGGCUGAACUCUGUCGAAAUAAUUCUGAUGCGUGCGUUUUCAUGAUAAGUUAAACGAUAGAACUUAAUAGAGCUUAGAGUGUGAACUUCAAAUCUAGAGUCGACUGCUGCGAAAAGGAUUACGUAAUUAUUUUUGCGUUUUCAUAUUAAGGAUCUCUUCGAUAAAACGUAACGGAAGAAAUCGAAAUCGGGGUCGAACUCGAACGGGGCGGACUCAAAAGGGGGGAAACCGGCAGACUCCUUUACGUUCAUCCAGAGAUUAAUAAAGGAGGUAUACAGAGGAAACACAUUUCCUUUUUGGGGGUAGGUAGCGAAGGACAUAACGAACAAACCAUCAGUUUUUCCAUAAAAUGGUGUGUCUUCUGGCUUAGCCACCUUCCUUAUUGUCGCAAGCAAUCAAAGAAAACUGUACUUUAUCAUCAAAAUGAUUUUCUACGAAAGAUUUUAACAGACGAUUGAAGGAAUCAUUCAGUAAAAAUUAUAUUCUUCUAAAGUUUGUGAGAUACAAACGCAUAACUGCAGCUCCAAUGCUUUCUGUAACAACACUAAAGGCUCUUACAUUUGUACAUGCGAAACAGGAUAUAUCGGAAACGGCGUUAACUGCACAGGUAAAAUAAGGAAGCGAAAACCGUCAGCUGAUAGCACUGAAUAACCUGAUAGAGAAGCAUUUCUAUUGAACAAAAUUUUUCGAGUUCCAUUAAGGUGUAUGUUACAUCUUUAGGAGUUCUUUAAAUUAAAUAGUUCCAGCAUGAUAGAAUGUGACAGGCCGCUUGUUUAUGGUUGGCAUACGAACAGGUUCACUUGUGCGAGUUUGGGGUUAUAUAUUGAGGCGGUGGUGCCGUCAGCGGGAGACGGCGAACCCGGCGAUAAGAAUAGGGCAAUUAAACGUUAAAAGAAUAUUUGCAUAUUCGGCAACAUUAGCUGGAUUCGCCGUUUUUGUCAAGGCUUUUUUCCCUUUUUUUCCAUGACAUUAUUUUGCUAUCUACCGCAAAAAUCUCCUCGUGCAACUUUCUGUAAUUUUGUUCACAUUUUGCUUUCUUGUUAUUGGAUAGUAUGUUGCCACCUCUUAAGGAGGGAAUUAAAAAAAAAAAAUAGCUCGACUGCAGGCUCGCUUUUCCCCGCCCCAUUCUUCUGGCCAGCUAGCGCAAUUAACCUCGUUCCCUACGGAGCAAGAGAACUGCACAGGUAAGAUAAGGAAGCGAUAACCCUGAGCUGAUAGCAAUUACCUGAUAUUAAACUAUUUCUAUUCAACAAAUGUUUUCGAGUUAGGGAUUCUUUAAAAUAGUUAAACUAAGAAAGAAUCUGAUAGGCUGCUUGUGAACAGGCUCACUUGUUCGAGUUUGGGGUGUAUUAAUGCGGUGGUGCAGUCAGCGGGAGCCGGCGAAAGCGGCGAUAAGAAUAGACCGAUUCUCCAAUUCCAUACCCAACGUCAAAAAAAAUAUUUGCAUAUUCGGCAACUAUCAUUUGCUGGAUUAGCGGGUUUGGUCACGGUGUUUUCCCCUUUUUCCAUGACUAUAUUUUGCUAUUUGCCGCAAAAAUCUCCUUGUGCAACUUUCUGUCAUUUUUGUUCACGUUUCUUUGUUCCUGUUAGAUAGUACUUGAAACCUCUUAAGGGGCGAAAUCAAAAAAAGAAAAUUAGCUCGUCUGCAGGCUCGCUUUUCCUAGUCCCAUUCAUAAUGCCAGCUAGCGCUGGUGGCUUACCGCUAAAACAACCCCAAACUCGCACAAGUGAGCCUUUUCGCAGACUAUUUCAUCGUUUAUCUCACGAUAGUCGUUACUAAGUUAUUCAUUCACGACGAUUCAAAGUGCGGACUUCUGGUCUUCAUUAGGCAACUGUGUCCAGUAUUAGUGUCGCGGAGUUUCCGCAGAGAACUGGAAACUAGCUAGAGGGCCUGGCUUGAAAGGGGGUUUGGCUACUCAGGAAAAAGAAACGGGGACUUGAAAAACAGGUGGUUGAAGCAAACAUUGACUUAGUUUCGUUUAAUUUCUUGUAGUGUUAGCAAAAGUUUAUUUCAAAAGUUUAAGUAUUCGCAUCCUUGGCGACAUGUGAUAGCAGAGCGAGGUUACCGAGGUUAUCGAGGUUGUAAACCUUUUGAACGUGGAACAUGAGCGGAUGUAUUCUUCAGCGUUUAGGUCCGACAAAGAAGCGACUGAAGGAUCGAAUUAAAUAAACUCAAACCUUUCUCCAACACGAUGUUACUCUGGAUGAAAGUGAGAACAAAGCCAAUCAAUUACUCCUCAAAAUUGGAAGGAAACCUCAAAUCUUAUAAAGAUUUACUGGUACUACAAGAAAUCAUUGGGCAAGUGAAUGAUAGAACUGAAGAAGGAUGUAAAAAGCACUACGUUCCCCACCAUGCGGUCAUCACCCCCGACUGAAAAACAACUAAAGUUAGAAUUGUCUAUGAUGCAUCAGCAAAAGCCUAAAAAGGAUGCAAGAGUCUUAAUGAGUGUUUGCACCGUGGUUCUGUCAUCUUAGAAGAUCUUUGUGGGCUUUUACUACGAUUCGACAUUUACAAAGUAGCACUGACAGCAGAUAUCGAAAAGGCCUUUCUGCAAGUAGGUCUCCAACCUGCAGAUCGAGAUGUCACUAGGUUCCUGUGACUUAAAGAUCCCACUAUGCCACUGUCCAAGGACAAUUUGUAAAUUUAUCGCUUUACGAGGGUCCCAUUUGGAAUUAUCUCAAGUCUUUUUCUGCUUGGUGCCACCAUUCCCAUCACUUAGAACAAGUUGGAACGCCUACUGCAGAGAAGAUUAUGAAACACAUGUAUGUGGACAAUCUUUUGACUGGAGUCAAUUCAAGUAAAGAAGCAAGACAGUUUUUUAGAAUCAAAAGAAGUAUUUCAAGAAUCAUCCAUGAAUCUGAGAGAAUGGGGGUCGAACUCGAAACAAUUUCUGAAGUCAAUUCCAGAGCGGGAUAGAGUAAAGGAUACCAUAACGAAAGUACUUGGAAUACUCUGGAACACUAUUAAAGAUCACCUGAUAGUCAAAGGUUCAAAUUAAUCAACAGAAUGUUCCUCGAAAGGAGAAGUGCUUAAAUCCGUCGCUACAGUUUUUGACCGACUGGGAUUCUUUACUCCUGCAACUCUUCAGGGAAAACUUUUCCUUCAAGACUUAUGGGCGUCAAAGAAAGAAUGGGAUGAGAAACUGGAUGAAGAGAUGCUUCAUAGAUGGAUGAAACUACAGAAAGAGAUGGAAUGUAUCUCCAUGGUAACCAUUCCUCGAUUCAUCGAAAAAACCAACUGUCAGUUGCCGUGCUUUUGUGAUGCCUCAACCGAGGCUUAUGCCUCUGUUAUCUACUUGUGCUCUGAUGCUGGUGUUAAUUUGCUCUUCUCCAAAGCAAGUUAGAGUAGCUCCAUGAAGAAAUCAGGAACACCUCGACUGGAGCUUCUAGCAGUGCUUAUUGUACAACAACUUUGUACAAGAGCAACUUCAACUCCCGACUGAAAAGAAAUUCCUUUGGACAGACAAUCAAUGUGUUCUUCAUUGGAUCAUGAGCAAGAAUCCACUAACAAAAAGUCGAGUCAAGGAGAUCACUGAAACAAAGGGCAUAAGUUUCCGUUAUGUCGAAACCAGUCAAAAUCCUGCAGAUUUAGCAACAAGAGGAGUCUCAGCAUAAGAUCGGGACAAAUGUGAACUUUGGUGGCAUGGACGGAAAUGGCUUCAGGACAGUGAGAAAACAUGGCCAACUUGGGAUAUCCCUAUGAUUACUAAAGAAACAUUGGAAAAGAUUGAAAGUGAAACAAAGGGCCCGAAAACCUUCUAUGAAACCUCCAACUUUGCUGGAGAAAACAUCAAUGAAGAGAAGGUUGAAACCAAAGAUAAGUCAGCAUCCUUUGUCACCCCCUUCAGAAUGGAUGAAAAGAAAUAUUCUUCCCUUCUUCGGCUUUUUCGAAUUACAGCGGGGCUAUUAAGAUUUGUUCAGAAAGCUAGAAAACAGAAAACCCAAACUGGAGAGCUAAAAGCUAUCAAAAUCAAGGAAGCAAAAACUCUAUGGAUCAAGUUCAUCCAGAAGAUUUUGAAAUAAUAUAUAGAUUUAGCCAGGGCUAAAAGCGAGGCUCCCAUUAAUAAAUUAUAAUUUAAAUCAAACAAUAAACUUGUAUUCCACAAUUCAGUUAACUUUAGAGCGCAUUCGUGUGACUUUUCAGGGAAAGGCUAAGUGAUUUUACAAAAAAUAGUUUGCAAACAGCCCAAGAGUGAACCAAAUCUCACAUGGAGUUGAUAGCCUCAUAAGUACACCCAAAAACUGGCAACCAUCUUCGAUCACAUUUAUUAAGAGCCAUAAUGGCUCAUGAUCACCGUAGAUUAAUUAGGCCUGGAAAAAAAAUUCCGGCCGAAUUUUUUGCGUUCGACAAGUUUAUUUUACAAAAUCUUGCCAACAAAUCUGGGUGCAUGUAAACCAACCUUUUAUAUCAUUUAUACAUCACAUCUGAGGUGAAACUACUAUAUUAUCAUACAGACCUCGGACAACAGAAUGCAGUAUUUCACAAUAUUGCGAUACAAAUUGCUAUUCAGGACGAUCGAAGCACGCGUGGGCUUUAGCCGUAAACCGUUGAAAAAAUUUUCAAAAUCAUCUAUACGGCCAGCCGGUUCUGACUUUUACAGUGCUAGCAGUGGCGAGUGUUUGAAUGAACAUUAACAGAGUUACGCCCCAACAUAAUAAAGAAUUUAGUAUGUUUAUUUCUUAUUUUAAAACGGUUUAACGCGCGGCAUUUUGAGUACUCCGGGAAGCUUUGUUUACUGAACGACUGAAAACAAUCGGCACAACGAUUAAAAUUACAAGAGAGAGUACUAACAAUCAAUAAAAGAAAUAUAAUUCGGUGAAACAUAUACAGAGAAGACAAUUUUCAUUCAGGAAGACAAGUAUUAAAGUGUCUCUAAAAAUCCUGAGUCUACAAGCUUAAAGCUGAAGUAUAUGUUUUAAGCCGGCUUCCCGGUGUUUGCUUUUUUCAAAGACGUACUCGAGGCAAGAAAAUCGCUCAAACCUUUCUUUUACAGCCAGAAUUAUAACUAAAUAUUCUUUGAAACGUUUUCUUUCUAUUUGCGGUGAGAAAAUGUCUAAAGGCUUUUUAAAGAUCUGCAAGCUUAUAACAAACCUGAUACUCGGUCAUAUCAUUGUCUCAAAUCUUACAAACGUGCGUAAACAAAAUAGCCGCAUAAACUACACUCGACUUCAUUAAAUUAUGAAUAAAAAACAAACAUCAAAUACAAUAAUUACUUAGGCUUACCCCUCGAGAUGCAGCUCCUGAAAGGUAUCAAGUAGGGUCAGUAUCGCUUCAGACUUUGCAACCCUCUUACGCAUUAAGCAAGAUGAAAACGAAAACGAUGCCAUCCGAAAUCGGAUGUCCGACUUUGACUCAACCAAAAACCCAAUAAACAAACUAGCCAUGAAUAACAGAAGACUCCUGAUAGUAACUGAAUUUCAUUUUGUACAUCCAGUGGAAAAAGAAAGUUAAAAACAUCACAAGUUGACACAAAACUCUGUCAGCUUCAGCUGUCAAAGUAAACAAGAUUCAAGAUGCUGCAUAAAUUUUCCGCAUGAACUCACCUGUCAAAUUUUGACCAAUCAGAGCAUAAAAAUUGGACGUAGAGCGUGACCAACGCGUGAACAUGGCGAGAAAGUCAAAAGCAACUGUCUUGCCUGCCUGUAGCAGCUGGCUGAAUUUUCGCUUCCGAGGUCAGUUUGAAAUCAAAAUUUUCAUUGUGCGGCACAUAAACACAACAUAUUUCAUAUGAAUUUAAAAAAAAAAUUAAACUUGAGCCUGCGAUCAUUUGAAAACCAAUACCUUGUCAGCGGAUAACUUCAAAAACACACUUGACCUCGAUGGGUCGACACCUGAGCCCGCGAUACAGUCAAGUGAUACUGGUCAGCGGAUACCUUGUUUUGACAGCUGUCAAUGGAUCACAACAUUGUCGUGUAUCAGUUUUCCUGUGCUCCGAUCCCAAACUAGCUAGAAAGUAUGAGACUAAACAUUGCUCGCGAUCUAGAAAAAUAAUUAACUGGUCAGCGGACAGCUUCCAAAUAAAUCACGUCACCUCAAUGAGUUGACACAUGAGCCCGUGAUAUGGUCAUGGGAUACUGGUCAGUGGCUAUCCUGUUUUGACAGCUGUCAAUUGACCAUAUUGUGAAUGUCGAAUGUAAAAGAUGUGGACUUGGCAAGACACGCCUGAGACACCCCUCCCUUCCUUUUGAUAGUCUCCCCUACCCCACCUGUACAAUCCGUAGACGCGUACGUACGCUCGGUCAAUCACGUGACAACCAAAGGAAAAGAGGUUGACCAUAAUAUAUAUCUAUAUGUAUGGGUAUGGGGCCCCGCUAUUAAAUGUGAAACCUAGACGAAUACUGUAAGCUCAUCUUUAAUUCUGUCCGACUCCGUCCGCUGUUUUGAACAUUUUUGAUCACUGGGGCGAUGUUUUGAUUUGUUUGUUGAUAAACACAAGCGCGCCUUCUCAUUGGUUGAAAAGUGCCGCGUGACCAGUUGGCCCUGUCCUUAAAUUAAGGGAUAUUCCGGACUGUAUACUGGUCUACAUUAUUUUGGCCCUAUUCAUAUUCAAGCUGAAAGUUCAAUUAAAAGGUUUGGGUAUGUCUCUUUACCUGGGUCACUGUCAGAGCCAUCCAUUUGGAACUGGUAAAAAAUAUGACUGCUGAGCAGUUCCUGCUUGCACUCAGACGAUUUAUAGCAAGAAGAGGAGAACCUACACAGAUUGUACUAGAUAAUGCCCCACAAUUUAAGCUCGCGAAAACUGCCAUUGAUAAAGCCUGGAAGGAAACAAUUUCACGCCACGAGGUGCAAAGUUACACUGCCAACCAAGGAAUUGAAUGGAACUUUAUAGUGGAACUGGCCCCUUGGAUGGGUGGUUUUUAUGAGCGACUAGUUGGCACUGUUAAUGGAGCUCUCAAGAAAUCAAUUAGCAAAAUCUGCCUGACCGAGAAGAAGCUUGAAACCUUUCUAGCAGAGGCUGUUAUUAAUUAAUUCUCGUCCACGUGUUUACGUCGUUGGGGACUUCGGUUAGGGAUUUUCGCUUACUCCAGAGGACUUCUUAGGUCUCAAUCCCAAGUCAGGGAUUCCGGUAAUCGAGAUCCAUGGCCCUCAUGAUCCAGAGUAUGGAAAGAACAGCUCAACUGAUAAAUUAGUAGAGAUUUGGGGUAAAGGUCUGCAACACCUGAAUUCACUUUCGAAAGUCUGGAAAGAUGAUUACUUACUUAACCUCCGAGAAAGUGGUACUAAACUGCAGCUGUGUAGUCGAUGUCUGAUAGUGGUUACCCACGCUUCUGGAAUCUCAAUUUGGGGAGUGUGAAAAUAAGAAGAUAUCGUUAAUUUUUUUGUACGCGCCUAAUAAGCCUGCGUUACCAGGAAAACUGCGUAUGCCCUACUCUGACGUGUCACACGUCUCCACCCCCUCAUCCAUGGGUAGCGCGUCUCUUGCCCCCGCGCCCUUCACAGGCUAUGGGGUGGAGACGAAUGACAAUUCAGACUGCAUGUGGACAUUAACGUCCAUCCGGGGAUUAAUAAAGGAGGUAUGCAGAGAAAACACAGUUUCCUUUUUUGGGUAAGUAGUGAAGGACAUUAAACAAACAAACCCUUAGUUUUUUCCACAGACAAUUGAAGAAAUCAUUCGGAAAAAAAUAAUGUUCUUCUAAAUAGAUCAAUGCAUUCUAUUUACCAUUUUGCAGACAUCAACGAGUGUGAGGCUGGAAAGCAUCACUGCGACUCCAAUGCUUUCUGUAACAACACUAAAGGCUCUUACAAUUGUACAUGCAAACCAGGAUUUACCGGAAACGGCGUUAACUGCACAGGUAAAAUAAGGAAGCGGAAACCUUCAGCUGAUAGCACUGAAUAACCUGAUAUGAAAACAUUUCUAUUCAACAAAUUUUUUUGAGUUUCCGAACUAAAUUGAAUGUUACAUCUUUAGAGGUUCUAUAAAAUAGUUCGAACAUGAAAGCAUCUGACAGGCCGCUUGUUUAUCGUUGGCAUACGAACAGGCUUACUUGGGCGAGUUUGGGGGUUAAGGUGGCGGUGCAGCCGUCAGCGGGAGCUGGCGAAUUCGGUGAUAAGAAAAGGGCGAUUAAACGUUAAAAAAGUAUUUACAUAUUCAGCAACUAUCAUUAGCUGUAUUAGCGGUAUUGUCACGAUUGUUUUCCUUUUUUAGAAAGACUGUAAUUUGCUAUCUGCCGCAAAAAUCUCCUCGUGCCGCCAAAACAACUCGAAACUCGCACAAGUGAGCCUGCUCGCCGACUGGUUUAUCGUUCAUCUGGGGAUAGUCGUUACUUAGUUAGUCAUUAACGACGUUUCAAACUGCGUGCCUCAAGUCUUCAUUUGUUAGGCGAUUGUGUCGAGUAUGGGUGGACUAAUAGUUAUUCCGUAGUUGCUAGUGAUUAGCAUUACGAGCCUCAUUUGUGGUUGGUGGGCUUUUCAGCAUCCAUGCGGUCCGCAGUGGUACUAAUAAGCCUCUCUGUUGUCGAUGUAUGAUCGUGGUUAUCCACGCUACUGGAAUCUCAAUUCUGGAAUCUCAGUUCAGGGAGUCUAAAAAUAAGGCGAUAUCGUUAAUAUUUUGUAUGCGCCUAAUAAGCCUACAUUGCCAAAAAACUGCGUAUGGCCUAGUCUGAAAUGUUACACUUCUCCAUCCUGCUAAUCCGUGGGGGACGCGUCUCUCUCCCCCUCCCCCUUCACCGCGGGUUAUGGACUACGUAUGAACAUUUGCGUUCAUCCGAGGAUUAAAAAAGGAUAUAUACAAAAGAAAAAUUUCCCUUUUGUGGGUUGGUAGGAAAGGACAUAACGAACAAACCACCAGUUUUCCCAUGAAAUGGUGUGUCGUGUGGCUUAGCCACUUCAUUUAUUGUGGCAGGCAAUCCGGCAAAGAAAACUGUAAUCAUCAAAAUGAUUUUCUGGGAAAGAUUUCGACAGACGAUUGAAGGAAUCAUUCAGUAAAAAUUGUAUUCUUCUAAAUAAAUCAAUGCAUUCUAUUUUAUUAUUUUGCAGACAUCAACGAGUGUGAGAUACAAAGGGAUAACUGCAGCUCCAAUGCUUUCUGUAACAACACUAAAGGCUCUUACAUUUGUACAUGCGAACCAGGAUAUAUCGGAAACGGCGUUAACUGCACA